AUGGUGGUUUCCAGACCUCCCUCAGCCCAGGGUGGGGGCCGUCUUGGGAUCCUAACAUCCCUGCUGCUUCUGGCUUCUACAGUUACCCUCAAUGCUGCCAAGACCCCUGCCUCCCCAGAGUGUGGGGUGCCCCAGCAGCUGAACCGGGUCGUGGGCGGCCAGGACAGCACAGAUGGCGAGUGGCCUUGGGUCGUGAGCAUUCGCAAGAACGGCACCCACCACUGCGCAGGCUCCCUGCUCACCAGCCACUGGGUGGUCACUGCCGCGCACUGCUUCAAGGGCAACCUGAACAAGCUAUCCCUGUUCUCUGUGCUGCUGGGGGCCUGGCAGCUGGAGAACCCUGGCCCUGGGGCCAAGCAGGUGGGUGUUGCCUGGGUGCUACCCCAUCCCACAUACUCCUGGAAGGAGGCGGCCAGUGCAGACAUCGCCCUGGUGCGCCUCAAAACCCCCAUCCUGUUCUCUGAGAGGAUCCUGCCCAUCUGCCUUCCUGAUUCUUCUGUCCGCCUCCCUCCAAACACCGAAUGCUGGAUUGCAGGAUGGGGAAGCAUCCAUGAUGGAGUGCCCCUGCACCACCCUCAGACCUUGCAGAAGUUGAAGGUACCCAUCAUCGACUCAGAAACCUGCAGCCACCUGUACUGGCGGGACAGUGGUCAGCAAGCCAUCACAGAGGACAUGCUGUGUGCUGGCUACCUGGAAGGGGAGCGAGACGCCUGUCUGGGCGACUCCGGGGGCCCCCUGAUGUGCAAGGUCGAAAGCUCCUGGGUCCUAGCGGGCAUCAUCAGCUGGGGCGAGGGCUGCGCGCAGCGCAACCGGCCGGGUGUCUACACCAGCCUCCUCUCCCACCGCACCUGGGUUCAGAGGAUCGUGCAAGAGGUGCAGCUCCGUGGACGCUCGCGGGGCAGUGGGGUCGCAGCGCGGCCCGGCAACGUGGCUGCGACGUCCAGCUCCAGAAGGAGUCCCACUGCUGCCCCUUCAAAGUCCAACAGCGUCCUUGCUCAGGGCGCUGUGUCCCCAGAUGGUCAAGAAUUUCAGCCUUACACGACCCAGCGUGACCCUAAACACUGCCCCCAAAGCCUGCCCCCACACCGGGCACCACCUCCCUUCUCAGCAGGAGGCAAGUGCCAGAAAAAGCUGGGGCAACUGAUGAGUGACUGA